AUGUGUUUUUCAUUUCAGGGACGGUUGACGUUCAAGGAUGUGUUCAUAGAGUUCUCUGAGGAGGAGUGGGAGUGCCUGGACCCAGCUCAGCGGAAACUGUACAUGGACGUGAUGUUGGAGAACUACAGGAACCUGCUCUCCCUGGAUCUCUGUCUUCCACACGUGAUCAAGAAAUUACAACCAGCAACAACCAGUAAUACAGAAGAAGUAUUCCAAACAGGGAUGUUUGGAAGACCUGAAAGCCACAUAAUCAAAGACUUUUACUUCAGCGAAAUCCAGGAAAAUAUGUAUGACUUUGAGUGUCAGUGGAGUGAUGAUGAAAGAAAUUACAAAGGAAUGCAUAUAACCCAUGAAAAACAUCUCACUAAUAGAAAAGAUCAACAUGGUAGAAGGGAUGCAGGAAACAAGUGUAUGGAAAAUAGGCCGAGGUUAAGCUUUCAGGAUGAACUGCAAAUAUUUCAAACUGAAGGGAACAUUUAUGGAUGUAAUCUAGUUGAGAACUCUGUCUUCAAUAUGUCCUCAGUUUCUGCACUUCAAACAGUUCCUCCUAGUGUCCAAGCCAACGUUUCUAAUAUACAUGGGAAUGAUUUUAGUCAUCCUUCAAUACUGACAAAAGGCCAGAAAGCAUGCAGGAUAAAACCUUACAAAUGUAAUGAGUGUGGAAAAGCCUUUAGUAUACGUUCAAGACUAAUUUACCACCAGGUAAUCCAUACUGGAGAGAGACCAUACAAAUGUAAUGAGUGUGGCAAAACGUUUACUCGGGCCUCACACCUCAGUACACAUCAAGUAGUUCAUAGUGGAGAGAGACCUUACAAAUGUAAUGAGUGUGGCAAGGUCUUUAGUGGAAAAUCAAACCUUGCAUGCCAUCAGAGAUUACAUACUGGAGAGAAGCGAUACAAAUGUAAUGUGUGUGGCAAAGCUUUUAGUGCGCUUUCAAGCCUAAGUAGACAUAAGAUAAUCCACACUGGAGUGAAACCUUACAAGUGUAAUGAGUGUGGCAAGGUUUUCUAUAGGAAAUCAUACCUUGCAAGUCACCAAAAUAUUCAUACCGGUGUAAAACCUUACAAAUGUAUUGACUGUGGCAAGGACUUUAGUGAAAAAUCACACCUUACAAGUCAUCAGAGAAUACAUACAGGAGAGAAACCUUACAAAUGUAAUGAGUGUGGCAGAGCCUUCAGUAUGGGUUCAAGCCUAAAUAGACAUCAACUAAUGCAUAGCAGAGAAACACCUUAUAAAUAUAUUGAGUGUGGAAAGGUUUUCAGUAACAUAUCACACCUUGCCGGUCAUCAGAGAAUGCAUACAGGAGACAAACAAUACAAAUGUAAUGUGUGUGGCAAAGCUUUUAGUGUGCGUUCAAGCCUAAGUAGACAUCAGGUAAUCCACACUGGAGAGAAACCUUACCAGUGUAAUGAGUGUGGUAAGGUUUUCCAGAGAAAAGCACACCUUAAACGUCAUUGGAGCAUUCACACUGGUGAAAAACCUUACAAAUGUACUGAGUGUGGCAAGGCCUUUAGUCACUCUUCACACCUUGUAAGACAUCAGAUAAUCCACACUGGAGAGAAACCUUACCAGUGUAACGAGUGUGGUAAGGUUUUCCAGAGAAAAUCAUACCUUGCAAGUCACCAGAGAAUUCAUACUGGUGAAAAACCUUACAAGUGUAAUGACUGUGGCAGGGUCUUUAGUGAAAAAUCAAACCUUUCAUGUCAUCGGAGAUUACAUACUGGAGAUAAGCCUCACAAAUGUAAUGAGUGUGGCAAAGCUUUUAGUGUGCGUUCAAUCCUAGCUAGACAUCAGGUAAUCCACAGUGGAGAGAAACCUUACAAAUGUAAUGAGUGUGGCAGUGUUUUUAGUUACAAAUCAAACCUUGCACGUCAUUGGAGCACUCAUACUGGUGAAAAACCUUACAAAUGUAAUGUGUGUGGCAAGGUCUUUAGUGAGAAAUCAAACCUUACAUGCCAUCAGAGAAUCCAUACUGGUGAAAAACCUUACAAAUGUAAUGUGUGUGGCAAAGCCUUUAUUGUGCGUUCAAGCCUAAGUAGACAUCAGACAUUCCACACUGGAGAGAGACCUUACAAAUGUAAUUUGUGUGGCAAGGACUUCAGUCACUCUUCACACCUUGCAAGACAUCUGCGAAUCCAUACUAGAGAGAAACCUUACAAAUGUAAUGUGUGUGGCAAAGCCUUUAGUGUGCGUUCAAGCCUAAGUAGACAUCAGAUAAUCCACACUGGAGAGAGACCGUACCAAUGCAAUGAGUGCGGUAAGGUUUUCCAGAGAAAAUCACACCUUAAACGUCAUUGGAGCACUCACACUGGUGAAAAACCUUACAAAUGUAAUGAGUGUGGCAAGGCCUUUAGUCACUCUUCACACCUGAGAAGACAUCAGAUAAUCCACACUGGAGAGAAACCUUACAAAUGUAACGAGUGUGGCAAAGCCUUCAGCGUGCGUUGGAGCCUAACCUACCACCAGGUAAUCCAUAAUAGAGAGAAACCUUAAAAAUGCAAUGAGUGUGGCAAAACCUUUAGUGUGCGUUCAAGCCUAACUUACCAUCAGCUACUCCAUACUGGCGAGAGACCUUACAAAUAUACUGGAUGUGCCAAAGCUUUUAGGUAUUGCCUUAAACUCAGGGUUCACCAAAUAGUUCAUACUUACGAAUGCAGUAAAUAUGACAAAAUUUAAAUUAGUACUCUUACUAGAUAUAAGAAUAUACAUCCUGUAGAGUAAAUGUACAAAUUAAUGUAUGUGAAAGGAUAUUUACCCAUGUAUCAACUGUUCGGAAACAUGUUGGAGUGAUAUCUUUCCAAUGUAAUGAGUGUGGCAAAGCCUUUACUCAGGGCUCACACCUCACUACACAUCAGAUGAUCCAUACUGGAGAAAAGCCAUAUAAAUGUAUGUGCCAAGGUGUUUAGUCAAGAUUCACACCUUGCAAAUCUCUUAUACUGGAGAUGUAAUGUAAUGAAUGUGGCAAAGUCUUUAGUCAAAACUCACACCUUGUUAAUAACUGGAAAAUUCAUACUAGAGGGAAACCUUACAAGUGUAAUGAGGGUGAUAUAUCCUUCAGUGUGCAUUCAGGCCUAAGUUAACAUCAGUAGUCCAUACUGGCAAGAGACCUUACAGGGUAAUGAAUAUGGCAAGACUUUUAGCAGGUGUUCACAUCUUAGCUUCAUGAGAAAAUAGAUACUGGAGGAAAGCCAUACACAUAUAUUGAAUGUGGCAAGGCCUUUAGAAAAUGGUCAGACCUCAGGUUUCACCAAAGAAUUCAUUCUGGAGAGAAACCUUACAAAUGCCCUGAGUGUGGCAAAGCCUUUACUCUGGGCUUGCAUCUCACCAAUCAUCAGAUACUCUGUACUGGCAAGAGAACUUACAGAUGUUUCACAUGUGGUAAGGCUUUUAGGUAUUGUCUUAAACUCAAGUGUUCACCAAAUAUUGGGCUGUUGGAAAAGUCCUGACGUAUUUUUUCUAAGUUUUUCAUUGCAAAAUGUCAUGACUUUUCCGACAACCCAGUAGUUCAUAUUUAAAGAACAAUGAGUAUGAAAACGUUUUAAAUUAGUGCUCUGUCUUCACUAGAUACAAGAAUAUACAUUCCUGGGAGAAAUCACACAAACAUGAUGUGUGUGUCAAGGUUUUUACCCAAAGAUCAAAGGUUGAGUGAACCUAUUGGAGUGAUACCUUACAAAUGCAAUGAGUGGCAAAGCCAUUACCUUGAGUUCAGGUUUUGUGCAACAACAGAGACUCCAUAUAAAGAGAAAUUAUGUAAAUUUAUAUGGCAGAGUCUUUAUCCAAGCCUCACAAUUCACUAGACAUCAGAAUAUACAUCUUUGAGAGAAAUCACAUAAAAGUAACUUGCAUGCUAAAGCUUUUACCCAUAGAUCAAACUAGUGGGAUAUCAAAGGAUUUAUACUGGACAGCAACCUUACAAAUGUAAUGUCAUAGGCUUUUCAUCAAAUGUCUAUUCCUUUGGAAUAAUGACAGUUCAUACAGGACAGAAACUAUACAAAUAUACUCAACAUUGAACUACUAUUAAGAAACUGUCUUUGGGGUUCACCCAAGAAUUCAGGAUACUGGGAAGAAUCCUUACAAAUGUAAUGAAUGUAGUUAAAAUUUUAACCAAUUCUCACAACCGACCACCCCUUCAAGAAUCCAUACUUGGUAUAACUAAGUAAGUUUCUAGUUCGCUGAGAUAUUACAUACUGCAGAAUAAUUAUAAGUGAAACUAUGUUAAAACUCCUGAUAUGCUGUAUAUCACGGGGACAAGGAUGUGAACAAAUAGCCCACUAUUUUUAGUGUUUAUAAGUUAUUUGAGUUUUCUUGAAAAGACUCCAUUACUAUUUAUGACAUUUAACCUGCAGUUUGAGGGCUGUUGAUCUGAUCUUUUCAGGCUUUUCACGAUGGUCUUUGGGAUGGAAUCUAUAUGGAUAAAGGGCCAACUUCAUUAAGUAUUGUUCAUUCAUAUCCAUGUUCCCUGGAUAAACAACCCUAAUGAUCAAAUUCAUUAUAUGAAUUAGCACUAGGGAAGGCAGAGAAUAAUGUAAAGCUAUGGUAUAAGUCAUGGUUAUUGUUCUGAGUGCCCUUCUCUAGACAAACCAUUGUAGGUUAUAGAAAAGAAUACCCUACCAACUGACCAUGAAACAGCAGGCCCGGACAUUAAGGGACUGAGUUUUUCAUGGGAGGAGAGGGAUAGGUUAUGAGGGAGCAAUUAUGGGGUAGAAAUAAUACAGAAGAAAUGGUGGUGACUUUCUCCAUUGAAUGGCAAUAGCUGUUGUAUAUCAAACAUUACUGGAAAAUUAGUUUUAUUUUUGGAAAUUAAGAGGGAGCAGUUAUCUGACAAGGGAGUUUUAAUCAAAAGAGCCAGAAUAGUAUGUGCAUGUGUAUGAUUCACAUUUAACUGUUGGCAUUAUUUUUGCCACUGUUUUAUUCAGAAUGUAUUGCAAGUCUCGUGUUUUAAUAAAAUGUAAUCAUUUUUUUCAUAAA